UUUACCGUGUCAGCAUGUAGCAUCCCUCUGGUUCUCAGGGCUGCCGGUCUGUAAGCAACAUUAGCUUCCGUUAGCUUAAUAAGCUCAUCGCAUAAACAAGUAACGGCGACCAGCCUCGUUCAUGGACCGGAGCCCCCGCUGACUCUCCCCGCUGCCUAGCUGCGAACAUGGCGGCCAACCCUCCGGGACCAGGCUUUCCGAACAAGGCCCGCGUUGCCAUCCUGGCGGAGCUGGACAAGGAGAAGAGGCGGCUGCUGCAGAGCGGGUCCAUGAACAGCCCCGGAGCCAACAUCGCGCUGUCGUCCAGACCGAGCCUGAAGGACGCGAGGGACUGCGCCGAGCAGCAGCACAUCGCCGCCCAGCAGAAGGCGGCCCUGCAGCACGCACACGGACACUCGUCCGGCUUCUUCAUCACUCAGGACUCCUCGUUCGGGAACCUCAUCCUCCCGGUGCUCCCGCGCCUGGAUCCCGAAACCUGACUCUCCAUCCUCGCGACAAACACUGACCCGACCCGGGCCUCUUGGACCCUGGGGGGAAAACUCCCUUUGUUUUGUUACUCUUUUAUACGAUGUGUGUCCUGUGUGUGAUUUAGUGUGAUUAAAACGAGGCUUUUGAACGCAUCAUCAGUGUUACUCUAUCUGAUGAGGCGCAGAAAUGAAAUGUGGGUCCUCAGUCAUAUUUCCUAUUUAUUUCACUAAUGAAGACGGAUGAACAGGGCGAUCAGUCAUCAACCAUUUAGUGUAAUAACACUUGAUGGGUUGUAACGGUUGUUACAAGGGGGAUUGUUUAUUCUGUGUUAAAAAGUGUGAAUUGCUUAUAAACACUUUCAAACAACAGCACUACCAGAGAAAAUGUAGUAUAUGACCUUAAUUCUAUCUCAUUGGUACUUUUAUUGGUGUCGCAAUACACAUACUCCAAAAUAGAUAGAUAGAUUGAUUGAUGAAUACUUCUAAUUGAUUAAUCCCAAAGGAAACAUUUAAUACUUUUUUGUCAUUGUCACGUUUUUAUACUUUUGACGGAGGAGAGAGAGAGAGGGAAAGACAAAAAAGAAAUUUAAAUUUUUUUAUUUUAUUUAUAUGUGUUGAUAUAGAUGUUGAUGGUGUAUGGCAGGUGGAGUGUGCAGAGGUAGAAGUUGACUCCAGGGGAUAGAGCCCUUGAGGGGGAUAUUUGUACUGUUGUACAGUAAUUCAGGGCUGCCCCCUCCCCAAACCACAACCCUGUCUCCCAACCUGAACCUUACUGUUAACAUAUAUUAUAUCCAAACCCAGAGCCACUCAUUAUCUAUAAGGGCAUUUAUUGAAUUACUUAUUGACACAGGCUGUUUCAGUCCAUCAUUAUCUACCUACAGAUUAUGUCAGCUCGAUCAAGCUCGUAAUUAUCUGCUGUUUACCGCUAUGCUUUCCACCAGCAGAAAGCAUUAUGGUAAAAUAUAUACAUAUCAUUGAAUUACCUGUUUGGGGUCCAGUCGAAUGAUGUUUAACAUGUUUUCGUAUGAAUGUGUGGCAUCUUGGGGAAUUUAUCAAUUUCAAAGAAUCCAGGAAAAUAGACAGUUAAUAUAAUAAUUGGGCGUUUUUUGCACAAAACUAUUUAGCAAGUACAAUCAAUAGAUAUUUAUUGCUAAACACACACACAUAUAUAUAAAUAAACAAUAAAAUGUUUCAUAAGGGAACAUAA